AUCAUUUUGAAAACAUUCGUUGUGACAAAGUUGUGCCAUACUUUACAUCAAAUUUCUUGGCAAUGACAGAUCCAACACUCGCGUAAAUUCACAGGAAGCCUAAAAAGACUGCUACAUGGACGCAGAGCACUGUAAAUUGUUUUCAGACUGAUCCGUCGUCAUGAAGAAAGUUAAGGAUAAGAGUGUUAAGAACAUGUGUGUCAGUCCUGCACUGCCUUUCAGGAAUGGAACGAAGUACAGGGCCUAUUCACCAACGGCCGCCACUCAAGCACGCCAUGCUGUCAAAAAAGGCGGGGAGACAAUCCGUGGAGCAGCCAGGAAGCAUGGCCUGCCCGAGGCCACCUUGCGAAAACAAGUCAACGCUAAAGUCCGAACUAAGAACAUGCGUGUCGGUCCUGCACCGCCAUUCAAGAAUGGAACGAAGUACAGGGCCUAUCCACCGACGGCCGCUACGCAAGCCUACCGUGCCGUCAAGGAAGGAGGGGAGACGAUCCGCGGAGCGGCCAGGAAGUAUGGCCUGCCCGAGGCCACCUUGCGAGUACGAGUGAACGGUAAAGUCCGACCCGAGGUAACGAAAUCCGGAAGGAAACCAAUGUUAAGCACUGCGCAGGAGACUCGGCUCGUAGAACACUUGAAAACAAUGGCGGACUGCGGGUAUGAGAUUGGCACCAGGGACGUGAAGAGCAGUGCCAUUGUCCUUGCUGCAAGCCUUGGUAAGCGUGACCGAAAUCACGCGCUGUCUUGGCAGUGGAUCAAGGGAUUCAUGCGGCGAUGGCCGGAUUUAGAACUGGGCAAGCCGUUCUGUGCAAAAUCGCAACUAGCCAGUGCCACCUCCGAGAAGAACGUGUUGUCCUACUUUGCUAGUCUAGAGAGUCUGCUCAGCAAGAACAAUUUGACAAAUGCGCCGGAGCGCAUCUACAGCGUAGAUGAAAAGAGUGCGAAAAUAUCGGCAUCGGCAGAAACAGAAUCGCAGACCGUCACCAUCAUUGGAUGCGGGAAUGCCCUCGGGCAGCAAAUUCCGCCGUAUUUUGUUUUUCCGGGAAGGAGAAUGAGGCAAGAGCUCUUGAGAGGCGGAUUGCCGGGAACAAGCGGAUCAGUCAGUGAGUCUGGCUGGUCAGACCUGGAGAUCUACAAAGACUACCUGGCCAACCAUUUCCUGAGGUACGCAACGGAGCACACUGACGACCAACCAGUCCUUCUCUUGUUUGACGGCCGCAGAGCACACAUCUCCAGCGUCCCCCUGAGCGACUGGGCCAAGCGGCAUAAUAUCUUGAUGUUCCUUCGUCCGGCCUACACCAGUUAUGUACUGCAGACCGACGAUCUUCAUGAUCUUGGGCCGUUUGGCCCAUUUGAGAAGAUGUACAAUCAGAACUGCCGCAAGCGCAUGGCAACCUCCUCCUCUUCAGUACUCGAAAAGAACCGUGUCUGCGAGGUGGCCAGCAAGGUUUACGCAAAGGCACUUUCACCAAGUCGACUCCAGGGCUCUUUCAAAAAAUUGGGGAUCUAUACCUCUGAAUGAUUCAUCUGUCCAGGACCCUCCAAAGAAGAAGGCAAGGAGGUCCUCAUCACGUCGGGCAAUGACAAGAAAGAAAGCUGCGACAAAGAAGACACGAGAGCUGAGAGCACGGACACUGGUGUCAGAAGCGGGAUCAUCAGGAGAAAGUGCAGGAGUUCCCGAUUUUGUCACACAAGACCUUUGACAAUUUGUCAUCAUCCUCUCCAUCAUCGUUCUCCUCGUCGUCGUCCUCUUUCUCAUCAUCCUCUGCCUCGCCAUCCUCUUCUUCAUGUUCGUCCUCACCUGAAGAUUGAGAAUUGAUGUAAUCAUCAUCCUAUGCAAGUUUCUCAAACUCUGACACAUACAUGUAUAUUGCAUGUGCAGGGUGUACAUGUACAUGUGUUGUACAAUGUAUUAACAUUGUUGUGUUUGAGUCAAUAAUAAGCCCUCACAAGUCUUAACAAAUCCAUUACAAGUCGAUCACAAGUUCUCCCGUCCUCGGUCAAGUCAAAAGCUAUUGAAAUGAACUGUGACAAACCAUUCGGUAUUGUUCAUCCACUGUUAUUUGUGACAGGAAUUGUGAAUGGAUUUGUGCGAUUUACUUGUGACUUAACCUGUGAUGGACCAACCCACAACAAUCAAAUUUAAACGGUGCUCUUUUUAGUGCAUGCAUGCAAGUGCGUGCAUAUGUUUGUUUAUAUUCUAUAAAUGUUCCCUUUUCAGAGAACUAAUUUGAAAACUAGCUCUUUUUCAUAGCAGACUCAAGUUCCUAGCAGAUCAUUGGGGAUUUACUGGUAGCAUUGUACAGUGUAAAUGUACAUGUAUAAUAUUGUUUUGGCAGUUGUGUAGUUACCAUGGUUAUGGGCCAUGUUCCUAUACAUGUAUGUGUGUAAGAGACAAAAAAAUUGGACUUGCCAAACUACCCGUAGUUAGCGACAUUUAAAUACCAACAGGUACCGGUAUGCCAUAAGUGCAGGGUUUUGAUUUUUUUUAUGGGGGAAAUUUUGGGGUAAAACGACGAUGAAGACGACAAAACGCAACACGAAAAUUUAGAUGGCGGUUACCACAACACACUGUAGGCCUACAGCCCCGAAAAAAAAUUGCAUUUUCUACCGCAAGAAAUUUUUUCAAAAUUACAAAAAAACGAUGCCAUUAGAAUGAAAAGAAGUCUGCUUUAUGUUGAAAAAGUUUUUAGAAUAAUAAAGAAAACACCCUUGAUUCUGAUUUGACCAAAACUAAAGAGGAGCCUGUACAUGUAACUACACAAUCGUCAUUGUUUUGUUAGGCGUUGCAAAGAGCUGGCUCAUUCCACAUUUCAAACACAUUGUAGUUGCCUGUGAACAGUGUUUCAGACUUUCAAACAGAGAGCACACAUAUUCGAUGUCGUAUUUUUUAAAACUGCUUCUCAGUUCUAAGCACCACACAAAGCUCAAAAAAGAAAUCUGUACUCAUGCAAGACUCCUAUUCUCCAGCAUAGAAUGUUCAAGUCUUUUUGGCUACAUACAUAGUGAAAUCUUCCCUUUUUUUUUCUGAACUUGAUCCACACCAUAUUGCAUGUAAACAUUGCACAGCUGUUAUACAUACAAUGUACAUGUACGUGUGCAUGCUUCAAGACAGUGACGUAGGGCUGUCCACUUAUGAAUAAUUUAGUAUUUGAUUACUCAAAACUGUGUGUGACCGAAUAUUCGGAUAUUCAAAACUGCCCGCUGCAAGUGCGUGCUGUGCCUUUAAAAUUGCAUGCAGAUACCGCGCCUUCACAGGUGUGUAAAUCAUUUGCAAAGAAAAUGUGGAAUAACUAAAUAUGAAAAACUAGGAACAGUUUUUGAAAAAAGCCAGUUUUUUCCAACGCUGGUCGGCGGACCAGCAUUGGAAAAAUACAAUCUUUCUUGAAAAGGUCAGCACGCCAGGAGCCACGAUUUUACUGGACGCGUUAGACUGUCAUUCCUAACAAUCCAGUAAGGUAUUUCGUGAUAAUUUGAUCAUUUCAUUUUUUGAUGUUUGCAAAUGUUGUAUCUUCCCUUUAACAUGCUAAAAGGACAGAAACAGCGAACCACCGUCGACAACAAAGUUACCGUGGCGCCUGACAAUAAAACGCCGCAACGUUAUGAUAAAGUAACAUAACAUUUUUUCUUGUAUUUGAAUAAUUCGAAGCGGCAAAAAGCAAUUCAAAUAUUCGGUUGAUGAUGGAAUAUUUGAAUAUUCAGUAUAUUUGUGAAAGCCCUACACUGACGGGACAUCUUGUAUUUCUGUUUUAUUUGCAAAUGUAGGGAGUGCAGUGUAUGUAAAAGUGCAAAUUACUGUCAACGCUUCAUAAAAAGCAACAUACAUUAUAUCCCCAUUAAAAAACCAAGUGGAUUAUAUUUGUCUUUUCGAGAUUAUAUAUGUUAAUACCAAACCUUUUGAAUGUUAAUGCGAAAACAAGUUGUUCAGAUGUUUCAGAAAUUUGCUUUUGUACUUUCAGGGCUUUUAUACAUGUAUUUGUUUCAAGAAAAGAGUUUCUGUGCAUGUGCGUGAUCGAGGUUAAACAUAUGAACUUGAAAUUUAUGUUGUUUAGUUUAAAUACAAGCCAAGUCAUACCGAGGUUAAUGAAAACAAUCGUUUCUUCAUGUGAACUCUUCAUGAAUAUUCUUUUUAUCAAAUGUUUAAGUUGAGCA